AUGGAGGGUGACAAGAGAAGGGGUUCUGGAACAAGAUGGCUUUGGGCGACGGCUGCUCUUAUCGCUGCCGUUGUUGCCAUGGCCAUUUCUUCCAAAACUUCUCCCAAAUUAGCUCUCUUUGGAGCAAUUGGCAAAGCAUGUCCCUGUGCUCGGGGUACACCAAAGUACAGUGGCAUGGUGGAGGAUUGUUGUUGUGAUUAUGAAACUGUGGACCGACUUAAUGACGAAGUGUUGAAUCCAUCCCUCCAAGAGCUUGUGAAAACCCCAUUCUUUCGAUAUUUUAAGGUUAAGUUAUGGUGUGACUGCCCUUUUUGGCCUGAUGAUGGCAUGUGCCGAUUGCGGGACUGUAGCGUAUGUGAGUGCCCGGAAAGUGAGUUCCCUGAAACAUUUAAGAAGCCCAAUCGCCUUUCGUUGAAUGACCUUGUUUGUCAAGAAGGAAAACCCCAAGCAGCUGUUGACCGUACUUUAGAUAGUAAAGCUUUCAGAGGAUGGACAGAAAUAGACAAUCCAUGGACGAAUGAUGAUGAGACUGACAAUGGUGAGAUGACAUAUGUUAAUCUUCAACUAAACCCUGAAAGAUAUACUGGUUACACUGGUCCAUCUGCAAGAAGGAUAUGGGAUGCUGUCUACUCUGAGAACUGCCCCAAAUAUCCAUCGAAGGAGUUAUGCCAGGAAGAAAAGAUUUUGUAUAAAUUGAUAUCAGGACUUCACUCCUCCAUAUCGAUACAUAUAGCUGCUGAUUAUCUACUUGAUGAAGCUACAAAUUUGUGGGGCCAAAAUCUAUCUAUGAUGUAUGACCGAGUCCUAAAAUUCCCUGAUCGUGUCAAAAAUUUGUAUUUCACUUCUCUAUUUGUCCUGCGAGCAGUAACCAAAGCUGCAGAUUAUCUGGAACAGGCCGAGUAUGACACUGGUAACCGUGAUGAGGACCUUAAAACACAAUCCUUGAUCAGACAGCUACUUUACAACCCCAAGCUUCAAGCUGCAUGUCCAGUUCCAUUUGAUGAAGCUAAGCUGUGGAAAGGCCAAAGUGGACCUGAGCUUAAACAAAAUAUUCAGCAACAAUUCAGAAACAUCAGUGCAUUGAUGGAUUGUGUAGGGUGUGAGAAGUGUCGAUUAUGGGGAAAGCUUCAGGUUCUUGGUCUCGGAACUGCAUUAAAGAUUCUCUUCUCUGAUGACGGACAAGAAAAUUUAGGUCAAACACUGCAGCUGCAAAGGAAUGAAGUAAUUGCAUUGAUGAAUCUUCUCAAUAGACUUUCAGAAUCUGUCAAAAUCGUCCAUGAAAUGGGACCUACUACUGAAAGAGUCAUGGAAGGACAUCUUUCUGCCUAUUCAAAACUGGUUAGCUCAUGGAAAUUUUUUUGGUCCUACAUACUUAAAGCUUAAGUGACAUUACUCCAAAGAUGAGGCUGAGGAAACCAUGUUCAUGGUUUGAAAAUUUUCCAAAGGAUGUAAAAGUAAUACAUGUAAAAUGACACGAAAUUGAAGAUAAAAGAUAUUUGAAUACAGAGAAAAAAAUUGAAAGUAAUAGAAAUGAUAUUUCUCAUAUUAU